GCAACAAACACACCGCUGCCGCCGCGUCGAAUAAAACACUCGUACACUCCAGAGGACGGAUUAAACGUCGCUUCCUUUCCGCGGUGACUACAGGUGUUUUGCGGAAAAGCCACGCCGCGGUCGUGUGCGCCUUUAGCAUGGGGCGAGAACAUUAUUUUGGAUAGCCGCCCCGAAGCAACCCCUCGAAGCCCCCGCCGUCCGUCCGUCCGUCCGUCCCGACUCCAGACGGAGCACUCGAAGGCUGCGACGGAGUUGGAAACGUCGGUUGAGCGGGUAUAAACACGGGAAUGGUACUCUGGAGCCAGUGGCUUCGCGGACAGAGAAAGGCGAGGGCUUCGCGGAAGACCCCAGCGAGCUGCUGCCUUUGGACUUCAAGUGUUUUUCGCGAGAGGGAGCGGCUUCCCGACGGACGUUUGUUUUGUGGCUAGCGAACGACCCCCAUCUCCGGCGUCUCCCUGCUGCUAACUCUGCUAAUGUUAGCAGCUCCCAAAAAUACAAACUCGUGGGAGCAAGACCAAUUGCUGACGAACUUUUAGCUAAAAACAAAAACAACUCAGGUUUUUUUUUUUUUUUUUUAACUGCGUCAAAUUAAAGUGAAAUCAGGUCAAGUUGGCCAUGUAACUUUUUUUACACGAUUUUCGGGAAAUUCACUUCGGAUGCUGGCAUUACUAACUAAUUCCAACCAUGAUGAUCAUAAGCAGAAAGCCAGAGGGCCCGAUAUCAACAGUACGUCACGGUGAUGGUCUUUACGACUCCUACAUGAGGACGGACCACAUCCUGAAAGAGGACACGGACACGAGCAGUCCUUCUGGCCUGCCCCCCAUGCCCAAACACACAGCAGUCAGUAACAAGGGUGUGAUGAGGGAUCAGAUCACUGUACGAGGCGGCCAGCUGAAGGUGAAGUAUCUGUACGAGGACUCCGCCAACAAUCGCAAGAUCGGCGGAAUCGCCGCGGCCCAGAACGCCGGCCAGACAGCCAGUAAACCGGCACCGGCCACUGCCGUGUCCAAGGAUCACAGCGUUGACAGCUCCGAAUCCAGCAAGGGCUCCAACGACAACUCCGGAUCUCACGGAGUCGCCAACGGAGGGAACGGUACCAAGCUGUGCGGCCCCCUCACGCCGGAACAGGCCGUGAGACUGUACCGGACUCAACUGACCGGCCUGGAGCAGAGCGAGAUCCACUCUUACCCGGACGUCUACUUUGUGGGACCCAACGCCAAGAAGAGGCCCGCCGUCACCGGGGGAAGCAACAACUGCGGUUAUGACGACGAUCAAGGCGGUUACAUCAACGUCCCCCACGACCACCUGGCUUACCGCUACGAGUUUCUGAAAAUUAUCGGCAAAGGCAGCUUCGGUCAGGUGGCUAAAGUGUACGACCACAAAUUGCAGCAGCACCUGGCUCUGAAGAUGGUCCGCAACGAGAAGCGUUUCCACCGGCAGGCUCAGGAGGAAAUCCGCAUCCUGGAGCACCUGCGCAAGCAGGACCGCAACGGCACCAUGAACGUGGUGCACAUGCUGGAACACUUCACCUUCCGCAACCAUAUUUGCAUGACCUUUGAGCUGCUCAGCAUGAACCUCUACGAGCUGAUCAAGCGCAACAAGUUUCAGGGCUUCAGCUUGCCUCUGGUCAGGAAGUUCGCUCACUCCAUUCUGCAGUGCCUGGAAGCCCUGAGCAGGCUCCGAAUCAUCCACUGUGACCUCAAGCCUGAGAACAUUCUGCUCAAACAGCAGGGACGCAGCGGAAUCAAGGUCAUCGACUUCGGUUCCAGCUGCUUCGAACACCAGCGCGUGUACACCUACAUCCAGUCUCGCUUCUACCGAGCUCCCGAGGUGAUCUUCGGCGCUCGCUACGGCCUGCCAAUCGACAUGUGGAGCUUCGGCUGCAUCUUGGCCGAGCUGCUGACGGGCUACCCGCUGUUCCCGGGGGAGGACGAGGGAGACCAAUUGGCCUGCGUCAUGGAGCUGCUGGGCAUGCCUCCUCAGAAGGUUCUGGAGCAGGCCAAACGAGUCAAGACUUUCAUCAACUCCAAGGGCCACCCCCGCUACUGCGGGACCAACACACUGCCCACGGGGGCCACCGUGCUGACGGCGUCCCGCUCCCGCCGCGGCAAGUUGAGAGGACCCCCGGCGAGCAAGGAGUGGAACGCGGCGCUCAAGAGCUGCGAGGACGCCACUUUUAUUGACUUCAUUAAGAAGUGUUUGGACUGGGACCCCUCGUCCCGUCUGACCCCUAGCCAGGCCCUCAGACACCCUUGGCUCUACCGCCGCCUGCCCAAACCGCUGCCCGGAGCCGAGAGGAGCCAGGGGGCGGCCGUCAAGCGGCUCCCCGAACACCACUGCACCUCUUUCCCUUCCAUCGCGGCCAAGGGCGGCUCCGGCCUCGGUACCGCCGCUAGUAACAACAAACUCAGGAGCAACAUGUUGGGAGACGCGGGGGAGGCCGUACCUAUUCGCACGGUCCUCCCUAAACUGGUCACUUAAGACGGCGUGAGCGAGCGAGCGAGCGAGCGAGUGAGUGACUUCCACUCCUCCUCUGCACUUCUCAGCAGGAGUGAGAGUGCGGGAGGAAGCCGAGUGUCUAGCUUUUAAAAUGUUCUUUGUAUUUGUUUUCUACUGAGCGGUGUCGACACCCCGGUUCUGGCUUUUUCAUUUUAGCUGAGAGGCGAAACUCAGACAAAGUUUUUAUACAGAUUUCCUCGAGCGGUUGUUCGCUUUCUUUUUUGCGCAGUCGUCGAUUUAGAUGAUACGAAAGCGUAUUGCUGCCACUCCAAAAAAAAAAAAAGUCCAGUAUCACAUUUCUACAUGAUUAUAAUUGGGGAGGAAAUGUGAAAACUAUCAUGAAACAAAUGGGAAAACUGUGAAAAUGUGAUAUUAUCAUGCAAAAAUGUGAUCAUUCUCAUCUAAAACUGUGUUAACUCGUGUAAAAAUGUGAAAACCCAUGUAAUAACAUGAUUAUCGUCUGGGAAAAAACGCCUGAUAAUUAUCAUGUAAAAAUCAUUAAUAUGCGAAAACAACUUGUAUAAAAACGUGAUCAUUCAUUUCAUCUAAAAACGCAACAAGUUUCUUCUAAAAACGUGUUAACUAUCAUGUAAAAAUUCAAAAACCCAUGUAAUAACAUGAUUAUUUUGAAAAAAUGUCAUGUGAAAACGUGAUAAGCAACAUGUAAAAAUAUAAUUAUCAUGUGAAAACAAGAUGAUUUUCAUCUAAACGUGUUAAUACACAUGAUAAUUAACAUCUAAAACAUGAUAAUUACCAUGUGAAAACAUAACUCGUAAAAACGAGUUCUCAUCUAAAAAUGUUAUAACAUGCAAAAAAAUCAAAAACCCAUGUAAUAACAUGAUCAUUGUGAAAAAAAAACCUUAUAACCAUCUGAAAUCGUGAUGAUUAUCAUGAAAAAAUGUAAAAAGAAAACGUGAUAUUAUCAUGUGAAAACAGUACUCGGGUAAAAAUGUGAUCAUUUUCAUUUAAAAAUGUGUUAGCUACCGUGUCAAAAUUUGAAAACCCAUUUAAUAACAUGGUUAUUGUGAAAAAAAGUGAAAACCAUCAUGUGAAAUGUGAUAAUUAACAUAUAAAAAUAUGAUCAUUAUCAUGUGAAAACAACUAUCAUCUUAAAACAUGAUUUUCAUCUAAAAAUGUGUUAACUAUCAUGUAAAAAUGAUGGAAAACACAUGAUAUAUAACAUCUAAUUGACAUGUAAAACAUGAUAAUUAUGUGAAAACAUAACUCAUGUAAAAACGAGUUUUCAUCUAAAAAUCAUAUGUCAUGUAUAUCAACUAUCAUGUUAAAAAAAAAAAAAAUCAAAAACCCAUGUAAUAACAUGAUCACUGUGAAAAAAAUCUUAUAACCAUCUGAAAUCGUAAUGAUUAUCAUGAAAAAAUGUAAAAAAAACUACCAUGUGAAAACGUGAUAUCAUGUGAAAACAUUACUCGUGUAAAAACGUGAUCAUUUUCAUCUAAAAAUGUGUUAGCUACAUGUGAAAAAAUGAAAACCAUCAUGUGAAAAUCUGAUAAUUAUGUAAAAAUAUAUUUUCACAUGAUAAUUAUCAUCCAACAACAUGAUUUUCAUCUAAAAAUGUGUUCCUAUUAUGUAAAAAUACUUGAUAACUAUGAUCAUUUUACGCAUUUUACAAUUUUACACGAGUUUUCACCUUUUUAGAUGAUAUCAAGUAAAAAUGUGAUACUGGCUUUUUUUUUAUGUGUGUGUGUGUGGUAGCAACACGCUUCGAUAAGAUCACGCUUUGUACAAACGCUUGAGUGUUUUUAAUGUGCAUUGUUCACACGUGAGUGUUUUUAGUCGACCGCACACGAAUGCCUCACUAAUAUUGAACACUCUGAGGAGUUGAAAAGGGCUACAAACUUCCUCCUUAGCUCACUGGUAGCAGACAAAGCUUUACCCGGCCAAAAGUCAUCCUUCAAAAAUGCACACCGACACAUUUGGCCAACCCUUUUGCAAAGUGUGACGACAGCAUCGCCUUCCCUAAUAACGCUUCGGCUUCAUCUCUUCUGAUGGAAAUGAGCCCCUUGAGCUCGCGUGUCAGCUCAAUAUGUGACAGUAGUGUGACUCUGUGGUCCUACGUUGGGAGACGUGAAGAGUGAUCUAGUGAAAGUUGAGCAGGACAGAAGCGCCAACAUUUCCUCAGGUCUUAAGCUGCGUUCAAACCAGACACAUGUCCUUUUUCUUGUCGUGCAACGGGUUCCUAUACAAACUCAAUGUCAUCCCUCGUUGAAGUGACGUCACCGGUUUGACUUCACGGGCCGCGAUGUCGCGUGACGAAAUUUCGCGACGCAGAGAAGAUGGCCGAGUUGGUCUUUCCGCGACAGAUUUCAACGACGACAAUGGAAAAAUGGCCAAUGGUAUACAGUUUCUCAUUCGCGUGACUUUAGUUGCCGGAGCCGGCCCGGAGCUUCUCAACAUCCAGUCGACAAAAGUCCAAAAAAGAAAAAAUAGGACUACGAGAAUAGUCAAAAUAAUAGGAGAUAAAAGUAGCAAUUGAGGGUCAAGUCAUACAUUGUAAUAUUGAGAGAAAAGUUAAGCUGGCCCCACAUCAGACGCAAAUUUAUAUAAAAAUGAUGUCAAUUGUUUUUGCUGUAAAAAGUUUCUUUUGUGCUAUCAUUUUUAACAUAUUUACAGUUACUUUAUAGGUCAAUCUGAGGUCAACCACGUCCCCAUUUUGAUGAAAACAGCUAAAAAUGGUGUCAAUUGUUUAUGCUUCGUUUGUGCUGUUGUCGUUUAUAAAUAAGAGAUAUUUCAAGUAAUGAUGUAAAUCGCAGCCUUUCUGUCGCGUCUGACAAUAACAGAGGGGUGUCCCAAUAACUAGCACAAAGGAAUAGGGUCCAUUUUGCAGGUAAUGGAAGGCUGCGAGUGACGUCGUCAUUCAAAAUGAGUAUCUUAAUAUCUAUAAAAAAAUAGCCGCACAAACAAAAAAAUCUUUUUAGCCCAAACCUAGCACCAACGAAUGGCACCAUAGGUCCAUUUUCUGCAUCACUUGAAAUGAAUCUCUCAAAAACGAUAGCAGCAGAAACUAGCAUAAACGAAUAACAUUUUUAAUCGAAAUAGGCGGCUCGUUGACCUCAUAUUGACUUAUAAAAGAAUUGAAAAUAUCUUAAAAACGAUAGCAGAACAAACAAAACUUUUUACAGCACAAACGAUUGACGCUUGUAUAAAUUUUGCAUCUGACGGGGGGCCAACUUCACAGAGGUAAUAUUACAAGAUUAAAGUCGUUUUGUUGCUUAUUUUAACGUGAUGGGAACCCGAGGUGGUUUAGUUUCACGAUAUGAAACUUUUACCAAUGUCAGCUUUUUCUAAACCAUAGACUUCAUAAUGAUAUUGACGGGGCAUGUGGCCGAUUAAUGGGGGGCUUGCGUUGUCGGCGUGGCCGGCCUUCAAAGCUGACCUAGUGGAAUCACAGACAAAGAGCAUUUUUCGUUGAAAAUCCUUGUGAAUAAAUGCUAAUAUUCCUGAAUUCUGUAUACAUAUGGACGUAAAAUAGUCUUGAUUCUUGGCUAAAAGCUAAAAAACAAAAAACGUGCAGGUAGUAUUUUUUGUUAGGUAAAUCUGGCAAACUAUGAGGCUAGUCAGUAAGGAAAUUAGUGACCGCCAUAUGUAAACAGAGCUUUUCCGGUGAAAAUUUUUGUGAAUAAAUGCUUAAAUCCCUGAAUUCUUUCUAGAUACUGACAUAAGACACUCUGGAUUCUUGGUUAAAAGCAAAAACAAACAUGCAGUUAGCAUUUAUUUUACGUAAAUAUGUCGAAUGUGAUGCUAGUCUGUUAGCCAAUGUGGCAGCAGCCUUACAACAAAGAGUUUUUUACGUUGAAAAUUCUUGUGGAAAAAAACGAAAAAUAUAAUUACCUUGAAUCCUCGAACAAAUCACUCCUGAGACAAUCCUUCCUGAUUGUAUGCGAUACAGCUGUAAUACCUUUUCAACCUAAAUCCGGCGUUGGAUUGCUGCAUAUGACCGACUGCAAAUAACUAAAGCGGAUUGUGGGAUCGUGGCGCGGUGAAGGUCGAAACUGACCCAUCAAUAUCAUUAUGAAAUCGAUGUCUGAACACAAAACUACUUUCAGUGUGAUUUGAGAUCGAAGGAGAAAAAGAUGUAUUCAAGUUAUUCGAAGCGGAGGUUGUUCAGGUGGACUUGUCCCCUUGGACUUUUGGCGACGUAAAGGUCUGAACGCAGCUUAAGGUGUAUUUGAGUUGGAUCUCUUCUUUAGUCAUACCAUCAUGUUGACGGACCGUUAUGCUGCCCUUGUUUCUAACGUGGGUUUGCGUCUCAAACGAGGGAGACCAUGGAAUAUCUAUUUCAUGGGUUGCACAAUUUGCUAAAUACGAGCCAUUUUCUUUCUUUUGAGAAGGGCCAGUCGGACCCAUUUGAAUGAUCUUUCUCAGGGAGACAUCUUUAAACUGUAUAGCAGGGCUUCCCAACCACUCAGCCACAGACUGAUCACAUGAUGAAAAGGAAUUCAUUUACAAAACAACUGAUGUUCCUCACUGGCCAAAUCCCCUCCCUACGACUUAAGGAAAAUUCUUCAAAAGCUGCGUUGUUUUUUGCAGGCCUUUUCAUCGUCUGGACGAAAAUACGUAUUCGUCAGUCGUAUUUUAGUUGUGUUUGUUUCACUUUCGUCGACGAAACCUCCCCGAAUUUUUUGUCUCGUUUUAGUCGGCGAGACGAAAUCUCGCUCAGUGUUCGACUCGUUUUAGUCGACGAUUAUCUGGAAGUUUUGGCAGGUUUUAGCUUCACUUAAGUAAGCACAGAAGUCAGACGCUACAGUAUGUUCACAAUGUGGGACAUUCUCUUGGCUUCGCUUGCGCUAACUACCGGUGCCGCAAUAGUGUAGCACCGCAACGCGUUCCCAGGAGCAAAGACACAUGGGUACACUUUGUCGAGUGGCUCCGUCAUUGUAAAUAGUGGUCGAAUGGAUUGUUGAUAAAAUUGUACGAAAAGUUAUGUUAGCUUCUGUGCUUACUUAAGAGGAUGCAAAAUCCCGCCUCGGAAACACUACAAUUUGACGGAAACUGUUGCAUUUUUGUCUUUUUUAAAAUUGAAAUCAUUUUUCGUGUCGUUGCCAUCAAUUGAAGAUCGCCUCAUUAUGUACUGUAAUUUUCACAUUAUAAGGCGCACCUGACUAUAGUUCGCCACCCACCAAAUUUGACACUAAAACGACAUUUGUUCAUAGAUAAGCCACACUGGACUAUAAGCCACAGCUGUCCUCACUGUAUUAUUGGAUAUUUACACCAGAAAAUUUGAACCGGUAACUCGUUAUUUGACAGCGGCAUCAUACGACUGUCAAAAGACCAAAUGAACCACCAUGAAUUGCUUCAAGAAGCUUCAUUUGGCCAUCACUGUUCUCUUGGAGAAACAGUCAACCUCUGCUGCCACCCUCAGUCAACGCUAUUGUUGUCCAACAUGCCUCCUGUUAUGCAUUGCAGCACUACAGAUGUCAAUAACAAAAUUCAUGUUCUGUCCUAAUUAUAUCUUCAGUUACUGUUCCAGUUGUUUCAUUAAUUGUUAGUUAUUGUGUUUGGUAACACUUUAUUUGACAGUGGCGCCAUAAGACUGUCAUUAGACAAUCAUAAUUAUAUGACACUGUCAUGAGCGUUAAUGAAUGCUGAUAAAAGAUGUCAUUUAGUGUCAUCCGGCAAAUGAUCUCACUUUUGAAUUGAUGUGAAAGAGCAUAACUGAACAUAAAUAGAGUUAGUGACAUCAUUUGCCGGAUGACACUUAAUGACAUCUGUCAUAAGCAUUCAGUAAUGCCCAUGAUGGUGCCAAAUAAAGUGUUACCUAUUAACCCAAAUAAAUCAACAAAUAAGCUGCACCACAGGAUUCAAAAUUAAGGAAAAAAAGUCGUCCGAAAAUUACGGUAUUAGUCUUCCGAUACAUGUUUUAAAUUCGUUAUCAUCAUUAGAAAAAUUUGUUUUCGUUAAGAAAAAAAAAAAAAGACAACAUUGUCAGCCCAAAGAAUGGUUCGUUGACUCUCACGCAUACCGUACUCAUGAAAGAAAAGAUAUUUCUCUGAUGGUACGGGACCAUUAAAAAAAAGGAAAAAGUGCUGCGCUCCCUGUAACGACGACAAAUCCAAUCAACUUGAUUUGCGUACGUCAUCAUUUGUUUACACGCGGGUCUGUCAAAACGUCUUCAUUCCUUGGCACGACGAUGCUCGGGGUCGUCGCUGUUAAAAGGCGUUGGUGUUUGCGGAGACGCAAAACGGGGUCCGGCCUGCUGUCUGCUCCACAAUCUGACCUAGAUAUUCCCCCGGCCCCUCCCUCUCGUUCUCCCGCUGUCACGUAGGCCAAGGAACCUCGUCAACCCAUUAGUAUAGAAUAUAUAUUGAAUUAUGGUGCUGUCUGGUCAUGCGCACACACACACACAAAUUUGUCAGGUGCAUGUUGUAAGGACCAGCCUGCUCAGACUUCUCUAUCUAAUCCCUUGUUUUCUAAGUAAAACUGUCAGGGAUUUCUACUUUUUUUUUAAUAGAAGUGGUUUUUAUUGCGAUUCACUCCCAAAAUGUCAAAAGAAAGUGUCAUGCAAGCUUACAAUAAGAUGAUAAAAGAAGAUGUAUGUUGUACUUGUGGUGUGGCAAGCAGGAUGUUCGGUGGUUCCGGCAUGAGAUAAGUGACCGCCAGAAGAGAAUCGUAAAGUAACCAAAUGAAGUUGUGAUAGUGUCUUUUUCUAAGGAAAAUAAAAGAAAAAUGCUUAUUCA